UCGAUGAAUAGUAGUGAAGAGAUAGUGCAUGAAUAUAUUAAAAAAAAAAAAGAAUCAUUAGAAAGUAUGUAUGAGGUAGAAACUAUUUCAGAAAAUAAAAAACUUUUAGAAGGACAUAUUCUUAGAAUCAAUGCUUUAGUAACAUCACUAUUUAAUAUAUCUGAAUUGACUGAACUAAUAUCUAAUGAAGCCAACAUUGAUACUUUAAAUACUACUGCUAUAUACAAACAAGAAUUUAAAGAAUUCUUAGAAUCUACUUUGAGAAGUCUCCAAAUAUUGCAAGAAAAUUCAAUAUUGUUCCAGAACCUAAUUGAAUCUGAACAAUUAUCAAUACAAGAACUAUAUAAUAUGAGUAAUAAUCAUACUCUAAUAACUCACCUUCAUGACCUUAUUACUUCAAGCUCUUUCAAAGAAGUACAAAAUUUAGUAGACAUAAUGUAUAAAGACACAAAUCCUCAUAGACAUGUAACUUCUG